CGCCCCGGACUCGGCUGCCGGAGGCUGGAAGGCCCCGGCGCUAUGUGGGCUGUCGCUGCCCUUUCCCUGCGCAGGGCCGGCUCCCGCGGCCGGCACAAGCGGCCGCCCUGGCCCGGCCCCGCGGCCCCGCAGCCCCGCGGCCCCGCGCCUGCCCGCCGGCUCUCGUCCAUGGCCGCCGCCGUGCUCCUGUCGCCCGCCGCCCGCAGCCUCUUCGACGAGCCGCUGGCCAUCGCCGUGCAGGGCCUGGCCCCGCGGCAGCGGGUCACGCUGCGGGCGUCCCUGCGGGACGAGACGAACGAGCUCUUCGAGGCCCGCGCCCGCUACCAGGCGGGGUCCGACGGCGAGCUGCACCUCGGCCGCUGCCCCGCGCUGCCGGGAGGCAGCUUCUCCGGGCUGGAGCCCAUGGGGCUGCUCUGGGCUUUGCAGCCGCAGAGGCCCUUCAGGCGGCUGGUGAAGCGGGACGUGCAGAACGGCCUGCUCCUGCAGCUGGAGGUGUUUGAGGGCCACGGAGAGCCGCCCGGCCGGCUCCUGGCGCAGGCGCAGCACCAGCGGGUGUUCCUGCGGGACGGCGUGCGGAGAGUCCCGGUGCGGGAGGGGAGGAUCCGGGCCACGCUUUUCCUGCCCCCGGGAAAUGGCCCCUUUCCAGGAAUUAUUGACCUGUAUGGAAUUGGAGGAGGGCUCCCUGAAUACAGGGCAUGUCUGCUGGCCAACUAUGGCUUUGCUGUACUGGCCCUGGCCUACUACAACUACGAAGAUCUCCCCAAGGAGAGUAAGGAAUUCCACCUGGAGUAUUUUGAAGAAGCUGUAAACUAUAUGUUACAACACAGCCAGGUUAAAGGUCCGGGGAUUGGGUUGCUUGGAUUCUCAAAGGGAGGUGACCUGUGCAUCUCCAUGGCCUCCUUCCUGAAGGGCAUCACGGCCACUGCCCUUAUCAAUGCCUCGGUGGCAAAUGUGGGAGCAGCACUCCACUACAAGGACAUCACCAUCCCGCCCCUCGGCAGCGACAUGAAGCGCAUCAAGGUCAGCGAGUCUGGGAUUGCCGACAUUGUCGAUGUCCUCAACAACCCGCUCGAAGGGCCUGACCGCCAAAGCUUUAUCCCUUUGGAGAGGGCUGAGUGCCGUUUCUUGUUCAUUGUUGGCCAGGACGAUCACAACUGGAAAAGCGAAUUCUUUGCGGCUGAGGGGAGCAAACGUUUGCAAGCGCAUGGGAAGGAAAAGCCCGAGAUAGUCUGUUAUCCUGGGGCAGGGCACUACAUUGAACCCCCCUUUUUCCCAAUGUGUGCAGCCUCGAUGCACCUGCUGGUUGGCAAGCCUGUGGUGUGGGGAGGGGAGCCCAAGGCACACUCUGAGGCACAGGUUGAUGCUUGGCAGCAGAUUCAAGCUUUCUUCCACAAACACCUCAGAGGCGAGUCACCUGGAACAUCCAGUAAGCUGUGAGGUGAGUUAGGUUACUUUACAGAGGAAGGUGCUGGUUUUUCACGUUUGUUUCGUUAAAUGUCUAUGAGUAAGAACAAAGAAUCUCAGAGAAUAAGUUAUUAGGUUUCUUGGAGGAUGACAGUGGGCGAGAGCAUGAGAGCCGCUUCCCUUCAACACUCCUCUGACCUCGGGCAGAGGUCUUGGCCUCCUGUUGGGUGUAGUGUGAGAUUACAAGCUGUGGAAAAAUGAUGGUGGAAGACUGGAUCUGCUUUGGAUAUGAAUAUGAAAGCGGAAGGUAAUUCAUCCAAGCUGAGAAAUAGGGUGAAAAUCUGCCUUGGCUUUCUCGGACAAAACAUGUUGCAUGGAUGCCACUGCCCUGACCAGAGACAGCUUCGUGCUCUAGUUUUUCUGGAAGCAGCUCUUGUCUCUUCCCACCUCCAGUAAUGUUUCUGUUCUCCCUGUGCACUUCCCUCUCCUUUAUUGCUCCUUCCUUUUCCACACCACUGAAAUGCACCUGCCUUAACAAUUAAUACCCAAUAAUCACAUAAAGCAGCAAUACUGUGUCCACAUCC